AUGUCUCGUGUAUAUGUCAUCUUUAUUGCAACACUUGUUGCUUUUGCAGCCUCAGUUUCAGCUACUGAAUAUAUUGUUGGAGAUGAAAGUGGUUGGACUCUUGACUUUGAUUACCAAACUUGGGCACAGGGAAAACGGUUCUUUGUCGGAGAUAAACUCGUAUUCAACUAUCCAUUGGGUAAACAUAAUGUCUUGAGAGUAAACGGAACCUCUUUCCAACAAUGCAUGAUAUCAUCUUCUAAUGAUGCUUUGACAAAUGGAAAUGACGUGGUUACCCUUUUAUCCCCCGGAAGAAAAUGGUACAUUUGUGGUGUUGGUAAGCAUUGCGAGUUACGGAACAUGAAGCUUGUAAUCAAUGUGGAGUCGAUGUCUCCAGCUCCUAGCCCAUCCACGACUUCAGGCUCAAGCAAUUUGGUGAUACCAAAAACUUACGGUUUUGUAGUUGCACUCAUUGGAAGCCUUUUGAUCUUUUUGGUUUAA